AUCUUAUGACUUCCUGUUUUGCAUGUACAGGCAGCUGUACUCAAUUCACUUUCAUCAUGAAGCAUGAAGUUUUCAAAGUCCCUUUUUUGUUCACUGCAGUGUUCACUUCAACUGGAGGAGUCGUUCAGGAUGGCCACAUGUUUCAGUUUAUGCUUACAUAUUAUUAUCAUGUUUUUGUGUUGCACAGUGUGUAGUACUGCCAUUUCCUGUAAAAAUGAAGCUGGUGAGCCUGUUGAUUGGUUUAUCAUCUACAAGCUGCCCAAGUAUAAGAUUGGCGAGGUCGGCAGUGGGGUGGAGUAUAUGUACCUGGACUCCUCAGUAGGGAGCUGGCAGAUGAGUAAAUUCAUGGUUAACACCAGUCAAGGAGCCAUAGGGAGCACACUAAAACAGCUUUACAUGGGAAAGGCCUACAAGUCUAACAGUUCAGUCUACGCACUCUACAAUGACGGACCGCCGAUCCUGGAUUAUAUCCAAGGAUAUGGACACACUAAAGGGGUACUGCUCUUUGACCGCUCUCAAGGUUUCUGGUUGUCGCACAGCAUUCCCCAUUUCCCCUCGUUCCCUGAGAGAGGCUACCUUUACCCCUCCUCUGGCAAAGUCAACGGCCAGACUGCUCUCUGUGUGACCUACCAGUAUGAACAGUUCCUCCGUAUAGCGAAACAGAUGGUGUACAUUUACCCACGUUUCUAUAACUGCUCCGUACCUGCUGCGUUCUUGGCCGACCUGCCGCAGUUGGCCCAGUUAUGUGAGGGUUCCAAACCACCGCUGGCCUCAGAUAAGAGAGUGGAACAGCUUUUCUCAGUCCAAAGAGAGACGUUUGUCAGUUUUGUCAAAUCUGAACGCUUUGUGGAUGACAUCUACACAGGCUGGGUGGCUCAGGUUCUGGAUGCUGACCUGCUGGUGGAGACCUGGCAGAGACAAGGUCACGAGCUGCCCUCCAACUGCUCCCUGCCCAAACAUGCCAUGAACAUCAAGAGGAUUAAGCUUCCUGGAUCAGUCCUGUUCCAGUCCCACUACGACCACUCGAAGUGGUGCGUGUCGCGGGACUAUGAGGACCAGGUGACCUGCCUGGGGGAUCUGAACAGGGAGAGGGCCCAAAUGUGGCGUGGUGGGGGGCUGGUCUGUUCCUUUAACCCCUUGAUUUACAAGGCCUUCAGACAGGUGGUGGCCUGGUACAUUGGCUGUUGACCGAGAGAGAAAGAUAGGAUGAUUGGGACUGGAUUAGUCUCAUACAGCAUGGUUUGAAUCUGUUUCAAAUUUAUGGGACUAAAUUUGGAGGUAGAUCCUGUUAGGGUUAAAGCAGCUGGCAUCCAACCAUCAGGUCACACAAGUAUCAAAUUAGCCAUCAACUUCAGAAAACCCCCCCAGCUACAGCAAGUGUCUGAAUUUAAUAUAGUGGCUUUUUUAAUAGCUGCUUGGAUCCUAGCUAAGUAGAAUCUCGUAGCAAGCUAUAUAAUCAAUUAUGAAGACUUACAGUAUAUCUCAGUAGAUUAUAUUUCCAUUUUUGCUUCACUUGGACAUCUAUAAGAUACAUCUUGACACACAACAGUUACACAAAUCUGGGCUGUAUUUACUUUUCCUGGUAGUUUUCGUCCAUGAAAGGGGCAGGAUCACUGGAGAUCACUGGCAAGUUUAAUAUCAUGUUUCACUUUCUCUGUCUGGCAAUAUUUCAAAGUAAAUUUGCAAUUGAUAGGUUAAUGCAAAGACUUGUGUUUCUGUGUUCCAGUACAUAUUGCUGACAUAGUCUUUUCCUGUAUGUGGUUUUAUUUCACCAGCUGUGUGAAUUUGUAUUUUGUAUGAGUAAUUUUCCAUAUGAUGUGACUAUAUGUUUUAUUAAUAAAUAUGCAAUAAGAAAGUG